AUGGACUCUACUCUCUCCUCGGAAGAAGAAGAAGAAGAGACACUACCAGAAGACGGUUACUGCAGGCAGGAGCUUUUAGGGCCAUUUGAUUUCGGUUCUUAUUCUCCUGGGAAUGAACCUAAAUCUAUUCCUUAUCAUUUGUAUCUGCUGGUUAAGGAAGCAGUUGAUAUCAUGAAGCCUUCUAAGGGGUGCAGCAGCGAUGUGACAAAAUUGUCAUUGGUCGAGGAAAAAAUUCGGUUUUUUUGUAGAUACUUUCACUGUCAUCUGCCAACGGGCUGGAAAUACCACCGGGACACUGCCUGCAACGUUGUUGCCAGCUAUGACCACACGCAUACACAUGGAUACGAUAUGACCAGUUACACCCCUAUCACUUCCUUUGAAGGCCCGCUUGUGGAUCAUGAGUUUGAUGUGGAGACUGGUCUCCCGCGAAGUGAGCUGAUUUAUGUUAUGAGUCUUAUUCACUCACGCAAAACACCUGCAUAUUGGGAAAUGUCCGCGGGGUAUGUAUUAUUCUAUUGUAAACUAUGUUCCUGCUUUGGCAUUGAUUACAAUCGUUUAGAGGCCGCUUCAGAGGAGGAUGUGCGUUUGAUGUAUGUGGGAUUAGAGUUAGACCCCUAGUGUUAAUUUCCAAGGGACUAUGAAUGUGUUUAUGGUACUAAGGAAAAACUAGAUCUUAUCUUAAGAUGUUUAUAGUUUCUGUG